AUGACUAAGCUCAGCUCACCGUUUGUUAAACAGGCUUCAUUUGAAGUAGAGUAUGCUCCAGCACAUAUCACGAAAUGGAAGUCUCAGCGAACUGGGUUGCAGCUCACGUAUAUCAACCAGCCAUCACCAGUAGUAAAUGGAUAUUUUGCAGUUGCCACUGAGAUCCAGGACAACUCUGGGUGUCCACACACUUUGGAGCAUUUGGUAUUUAUGGGGUCGAAAAAGUAUCCUUUUAAAGGGUUAUUGGAUGCACUUGGAAAUAGACUUUACUCGCAAACAAAUGCAUGGACUGCAGUCGACCAAACAGUUUACACGUUAACCACUGCAGGAUGGGAAGGAUUCAAAACCCUUUUGCCUAUAUAUUUAGACCACUUGUUCAAUCCGACAUUGACAGACGAAGCAUGUUUAACAGAGGUUUAUCAUAUCGAUGGAAAUGGGAAAGAGAAGGGAGUAGUAUUUAGUGAGAUGCAAGGAAUCGAAAGUCAAUCUUGGUUUACUUCUUUCAAGGCAAUGCAAGAAACAUUGUACUCUCCCAAAUCGGGCUACUCCUCGGAAACCGGUGGGUUAAUGGCAGAGUUGCGUCAUUUGAAGAGUGACCAGAUACGAGAGUUUCACAAAGCAAUGUACAGACCAGAUAAUUUGUGUGUUGUUAUUACUGGAUCAAUCAAUCAAGACGAAUUGUUGAAUAUAAUGACCGAGUUUGAUAGCGAACUCGAAGCAUUACCUGCUAUACCAAACAAACGUCCAUUUGUUGAUUCCGAAAAAGAUCCAUUAUUACUCAAGAGUGUGUCUAAAGUUGUUGAAUUUCCUGAGAAGGAUGAGUCUACUGGAGAAUUACUCAUGUCAUGGAUUGGUCCAAAAGGAGAUGACGUGUUGAUCAAUACUGCAGUUGAUAUGGUGGGUACGUAUUUUACUGACAGCCCCAUCUCAUUGUUCAAUAAGCAACUUGUUGAAGUAGAGAACCCAUUUGCCACUGAUAUCGAAUAUUCAACAGAUGACUAUUUCAGGACCGCUUUGAAUUUCACAUGUAAUGGUGUACCAGUUGAGAAAUUAAAGGAUUUGGAGUUAAAAAUGAAGGAGCUCUUGAAGUCACAAACUGAACCCGACAACAUGAAUUUAUUAUACACGAGGCAAAUUAUUAAUCAGCAAAGAUUGAAAUUUAUUUCCCAAACAGAAAAGAGUCCAAGUACAUUUUCUAAUGUGGCAAUACUGGAUUUCAUCUAUGGUAAUCCCGAUGGAUCGGACUUGGCGAAAUGGACGCAGAAUUUGAAUGAGUAUGAUGAAUUAUUGACGUGGACGUCUGAGCAAUGGUGUGAUGUCAUAAACGAAUAUUUUGUAAAGAACCAUUCAGCCACGAUCUUGGCCAAACCAUCUGCAAAAUUGAAUCAAUUACACAAGGAACAAAAUAAGAGUUUGAGCAAAAAAAUAAAGGAAAAGUAUGGUGCAGAUGGCUUGAAAUUACUUGCCCAGGGUUUAACUGCUGCACAAGAAAAAAAUGAUAUGCCAAUUCCUGAUAACUUACUUACAGAGUUUAAGAAACCCGAUCCAUCAAAAAUUGCAUUUAUCAAAACAGAUUCGUAUAGAGCUGGUCUUAAAGGAGUUGCCAAUGUCUUAACCAGUCAAUAUGUUGAUGAUGAGUUUAGUGCCAAAUUGAAGGAUGACACUCCAUCUGAUUUCCCAUUAUUUAUCCACUUUGAAAAUUUUAAAUCACAGUUUACCACUAUCCAAUUGGUGAUGUCGUCGGCAAGAUUGAAACCCCAUUUGCUCAAGUAUAUGUCGAUAAUCGAGGAGAUUUUCUCAAUGUCCAUCCAAUUACCAGAUGGUAAAUAUAUACCAUACGAGACUGUAAUUGCUGACCUCAACCGUGACUUGAUUGAAUUUCAACUUGAUAAUGGCUAUGAUUACCAAUUUUUGGAAUUAAUCUGUAUGAUGGUUAAGUUUGAGACCAAAAAUUAUCAUAGAGCAAUCCAGUGGUUAUAUAACAUCACGCAUUAUGUAAAGUUUGAAGAAGCUAGAGUCAAGGUGAUUAUUGAAAAAAUUAUCAACUCUUUACCUGAUAAAAAGAGAAAUGGUGAGUUGAUGAUGUACUCGUCUCAAUUCCGGAAUUUGUUUACCGAUAGAUCGUUAAGAAAAGGUCAGGAUGCAAUGCAUACUGAACAAUUCUUUAAGGAGUUACUCGAGGAUAUCAAUAAUGGUGGUUUUGACAAGAUAGCCCAAGAUUUAGAAGAAAUCAAAACUCAAUUAUUUAGCCUCGAUAAUAUUAAAGUGAUUAUUAUGGGGAACACAGCCGACUUGGAUAAUCCAGUUAGCAGCUGGAAUGAGUUUGUUGCAACAACAACAACAACAACAACAACAACAACAACAAAUGAUAAUCAGUCUAGCACUUUUAAUGUUGAACCAUUCAAUAAAUUACCAAGAUCAUUUAAUUUCCGUUCUGACUUAGGUUUGAAAUGUGCACACGAAGCGCAUCUUAUCGAUAUCCCAGCAACAGAAUCUACACAUCUUGUUGCUGCAACCAAGAUCCCCACUGAUUAUCUAGACGAUGAUGUUCCGAUAAUCUCACUUGCCAUUGAGUUUUUGUGUGCUGUAGAGGGACCAUUCUGGAGAGCCAUAAGAGGUACUGGUUUAGCAUAUGGUGUAAAUAUGAAAAAAAAUUUGGAGAUGGGAUACUUGACAUUUUCCAUCUAUAGAGGAGCAGAUCCAAAGCAAGCUUGGGUACGUGCAAAAGAGAUUGUUUCCCAAUAUGCACUGGGCGAGCUUGAAAUUGAUCGGAUAUCAUUGGAUAGUGCUAUUGCUUCUAUUGUCAAUGCACUUGCAAAUAGUCAAGAGUCGAGCUCGUAUGCUGCAAGCUUUAAAGUUGGCGAUAAUUUGUUCAAGGAACGUGGUCCCAAUUAUACUGAGCUGUUUUUGCAGAAAUUAAAUAAUACGACAGCAGAGGAUGUGGUGAUUAUUUUGAAAGAGUAUUUUAUCAAUUUAUUUGAUGCAAACCACUCAGUGGUGUUUACUAGUUUGCCGCUGGAUAAAGUUAAAGAGAUUGGCGAUUUUUUCCAUGAACAAGGCUAUAAUAUCAAUGUUGAGAGUAUCGAAGGUGCAACCGACUGUGAUAGCUGCGAAGAAGAGGACGAGGAGGACGAGGAGUCCGGUGAAGACUCUGGUGAAGAGUCUGGUGAAACUUCCGAAGAAGAAGAUUCUGGGGAAGAUUGA